GCAAUCCGCUAAAAACCAAAGAAGAAGACGUUUCUGGGUGUCUCCCAGUUAGCAUGUAUGGCAGUGCUAAUGUUGUGUGUUAUCAGAGUAAUGGAGGAAAAGGCGUCAAGGUUGAGUGUUCUUGUCCUUCUUUGACCUUUCGCUCUGUGUGUCAAAUGUCCGGGUUUGAGGAUCUUAAAGAUUUAUUCAGACGGCGGCUGCUCGCUGCGGCUCACAGAGACCCGAGAGGACAAACAACAACAACAUGUGGAUACGAAGAGGAGCUCCUCCGACAAAGAAAACUACUGGAUGUGAUUUUAACUCCUGAAAUAAAGCUGCAGAGAGCAGUGCUUCCUGAAGACGUCCAGCUGCUGAUGGUGAAAAAAGAAGAGGUUCCCCCUGAGCAGCAGGAGUGGAGCCCGAGUAUGGAACAGGAGGACACUAAGCACUUUAAAGAGGAGCAGGAGGAACUCUGGAGCGGUCAGGAGGGAGAUUUACUUCAAGGACUGGAGGAGGCUGAUACCACCAAGUUCCCCUUCAUUUCUGCCCCUGUACAGACUGAAGAUGAUGAAGAGAAACCUCAGUCCUCACGGCUUCAUCAGAGACAAACUGAACAGAUUGAAACAGGAGCGGAUGGAGAGGACUGGGGAGAAGCAGAACCAGAGAGGGACUCAGAUCUAGAGAGACAUUUACGACCAAAGACUGAGGUCAAGACUGAAGACUCUAAUGAGGAUUUUAAGGACCCCAGAGAACAUCAUUCAGGUUUAAACUCUCUGAGAAACUCUGACAGGAAAAAAGUUUUCUGCGCUGAGUCUGAUCAAACCUUUUACAAUAAUCACCUGAUGAAGACCCAUAGAAAUAAUCAGACAGGAGGGAGACCUUUCAGUGGAUCAUGUGACAACCAGUUAACACAAAGAGAAGGUCUGGGCCAACACAUGGAAGUCCAAGGAGGGGUACACAGAGGGGCCAAGCAGGAGGACACAGAGCCUUCACUCGUUAAAGAGGAGCAGGAGGAAGUCUGGAUCAGUCAUGCUGAUACCGACAAGAUCCCCUUAAUUUCUGUCCGUGUGAAGAGUGAAGAUGAUGAAGAGAAACCUCAGUCUUCAGAGCUUCAUCAGAGACAAACUGAACAGAUUGAAACAGAAGAUGAUGGAGAGGACUGUGGAGGAUCAGAACCAGACAGAGACUUUAAUCCAGAAAGUCAUUUACAGACAGUUUCUAUUGAUGAGACUCCACAUCUGUCUGGAUCUGAUACUGAUGACAGUGGUGAUUGGGAGAGGAGUAAUGAACCCCAGGAAGGUUUAAACCCUCUGCAAAACAAAGACUUACCUGUAAGUGAUAUGAACUGUAAUACUGGAAAUACAUCAGUUAGCUCCUCUGAAUGUGCUACAAGCUUUGGACAAAAGGAACAACUGCAGAAAAACAAAGAAAUCAAUACAGGAGAGAAACCAUUCAGUUGCUUAGUUUGUGGUAAAAGAUACCAGAGAAAAAAACCUUUAAAUAACCACAUGAUACGCCAUUCAGUAGAAACACCCCUCAGCUGCUCCAUUUGUAAGAGGAGUUUCAUUAGGAAAUCAGAGAUGGUGACGCACAUGAGAGUUCACUCAGGAGAGAAACCAUUCAGUUGUUCAGUUUGUGGUAAAAUGUUUUCACGACAUGAAAAUCUGAAAAGACACUAUGUUGUCCACACAGAGGAGAAACCGUUUGGCUGUUCAGUUUGUGGUAAAAGAUUUUCUCAGCAUGGACAACUGAGACGACACUCUGUUGUCCACACAGGGGAGAAACCGUUUGGCUGCUCAGUUUGUGGGGAAAGAUUUGCUCUGAAUGAAAAUCUGAAACGACACUCAAUUUGCCACUCGAGGGAGAAAUCGUUCAGCUGUUCAGUCUGUAAAAGAAGUUUUAUCUGGAGAACAGAGAUGGUGAGGCACAUGAGAAUCCACACAGGAGAGAAACCAUUUAGCUGUUCAGUUUGUGGUAAAAGGUUCACACAAAGUGGAGACCUUAAACGGCACUCUCUUGUCCACACAGGGGAAAAAUCAUUUAGUUGUUCAGUAUGUGGUCAGAAAUUCACAAAGAGUGCAAAUUUAAAAAGACACUCUGUUGUCCACACAGGGGAGAAACCGUUUGGAUGUUCAGUUUGUGGUAAAAGAUUUGCUCUUAGUGAACAUCUGAGACGUCACUAUUGUCCACACAGGCUAGAAACCAUUUAGUUGUUAAGUUUGUGGUCACAGAUUCAAACAUAGUGGAGACCUUAAACAACACUUUUUUUGUCCACACAUCAGAGACACAUGUCAAGAACUUUCUUAAGCGUUGUUAAGACGGACGUUAAAAAUGGACUUCAUGAGUUUUGGAGAGGAGGAGUUGACGUCACAUGAGAAAUGAACAGGAGGAGAUAAA